UUUCUUUCUCUCUCCCCCACAUAUCUCUAGCCCUCAAAAUCCUCACCCCACAUUUCCCCACAUCCCUCAAAUCCUUCAAAUCCCACCCACCCAUCAUCAUCACCAUCCCUAUCCUCCCAAAAACCAAUUUGUCACUAAUUGAGAGUAAUUUCUCUCUCACACACACACCCAUCAUCAAACACCUUUUGUGCAAUGGAGAACAACAACAACAACAACAACAACAACAGCAACAACAACCAGAUAGCUCAGUCCUCUCCCUACCCUCUCCAACCCACUCCGCCGCCGCCCCCGCCGCCGUCCUCCGCCACCCCAUUCCACCACCUCCUCCAACAGCAGCAGCAGCAGCUCCAAAUGUUCUGGUCCUACCAGCGCCAAGAAAUCGAGCAAGUAAACGACUUCAAGAACCACCAGCUCCCCCUCGCCCGCAUCAAGAAGAUCAUGAAGGCCGACGAGGACGUGCGCAUGAUCUCCGCCGAGGCGCCCAUCCUGUUCGCCAAGGCGUGCGAGCUCUUCAUCCUCGAGCUCACGAUUCGGUCGUGGCUGCACGCCGAGGAGAACAAGCGGCGAACGCUCCAGAAAAACGACAUCGCGGCGGCGAUCACGAGGACCGACAUAUUCGACUUCUUGGUGGAUAUUGUGCCGAGGGACGAGAUUAAAGACGAGGCGGCUGGGCUAGUCGGCGGGAUUGUGGGGGCCACGGCCAGUGGCGUCCCGUACUAUUACCCGCCGAUGGGGCAACCCGCUGGUGGGCCCCACGGAGGAAUGAUGAUUGGGAGACCCGCUACAGUGGACCCCACUGGAGGAGUGUACGUUCAGCCACCUUCAAAUGCUUGGCAGUCUGUGUGGCAAGGCCAUGCUGCUGCUGAUGAUGGGUCUUAUGGGAGUGGAGCUAGCAGUGGCCAUGGCAAUCUUGAUGGCCACAGUUGAGUAAUUCAUUUGAAGCUGAUUUGCUGCAUGGCGCAAUGGAAAGAGGUCGAGCUUAGCUGAUUGGACUUGGAAUUUUGAUUGCUUAUGAAUUAAGUUCACUUGUCAGCUGUUAUUUUUUACUUUAGAAACUUAUUAAAACUUUAACUUGAUCCAGUGCAGAUAAAAAAAUUGCUGCUAUGACUUCACUAUUAAUAUUUACUGUGCAGUCUUGAGAUUUA